GCGGGCGUGCAGGGCACGCAGGGGCUACAGACAUGGGCCUUCCACGCCACGUGAUCUCCUUGGCGUGAAGCCAUGGAGCUGCCCGAGUUCCGUUGCGGCUCCCCGGCCUUGGCCUCUCGUGGAAGCCGCCGGAAGCCGGAGGACUUGGUGGUGGAGGGGAGCCCCGAUGACAGUCCACCAGCCACAGCGAGGCCACCAGCACAUGGCAUUGUGAGGGUACAUCGCUUUGCAGCAGGCAGAGCCCUGGCACUUCUCCACGCAGCGCACAGCGGGUCGAGCCCUACGCGUGGUAAGAAGGCGAUGUCUCUGGAUGGAGCCAUCCCUCCCGAGGAACGGGCUUCACCUGAAGGUUGGCAAGGCCCUCUUUGUCCUCCCAGUGGCGCUAGUUUUCGUGUUGCCAGGAGGCAAAGGCUCGGAAAGAUGAGACACAGCAGCGAUGAUUCUGAGAGCCUUUCCACCAGGGCCGGCUCGCCCAAUCAUAGCCCUGAUGAAAUUGAGACCCAGGCGUGGCCAAGCCAUGAGUUGGAAGAAAAAAUCAGGAAACCAAGGUCCGAAGUGAAGCUGACGCUCCCUAUUGCCAUCCGGGAACCAUCCUCCGCAGAAGGUACAUCCAGCUUCCAGAGCUUUCCUUGUCCGGUUGCCAGUUGGACUGAAGCUAAGCAGGAGGCAAAGGAGGAACCCACAUCCUGGAGAGCUCCAGGCCAUGUUCCCAUCGAUUGUGUGAUUCGGAGACGAAAGAAGCGAGCCAAGGAGUUGCGGCUGGCUUUGCCCUUCCCAGUGCCCAAAGAUGAUCCACGAUUUGGACAUUUGAUUGAGACUGAGGGGCAAACAUGUCAGGUACCCCGAAGUCAAUCCAGCUUUGCGUGGGUUUAGGAAAUGUUAGCAAUGGGCCCCUUAGAAUGAGGGCGAUGAGUGAUGAGGUCCAUGGGCGU